AUGCGGACUGUCGAUCCAGACUUGUGGUAUCAGAAAGUAAGGAAACCACCCUUAAAUGUAUCACGACCUUUAAGAUUUGGGAUUAAGGGGGCGUCUCGUUUUGAAGUUAGAUUAAGAAAGAGCUUCCGUGAUGCGAUGUUGGAGUUCUGCAGAAAUUGUUCUGUUGAAGGCGUCGCGUUUACAAUGGAUAAAAGUAACCCGAAGCCUUUGAGAUGGUGCUACCUGACCGUACUUGUGGUGUCGAUGACUUGCGGGCUAGCGAUAAUGGUCUAUAAUAUUAUGUGGUUUUGGAGUAUACCGCCUCUCACGAUGACCACAUUGCCUUUGCAGCAUCCGGCCCAGCACAUCGACUUCCCCGCAAUUGCCAUUUGCAGUUACAAUUUAAUAAGUCGCUCUGCACUUAAUGAAUACGCUCAAUUAUUUCCUAUGGAUAGAAAUAACACGAUUCACAAAACGAAUCUUGUGGGACAAGACAGUGGACUCACAGUGGUGGUGAGAGAAAACCCAGAUGAUAUCACCUACGUGCGGCGGAUUCGGGAUGGGUUUGAUGUGCUCAUAUUCGACGGGUGGGAAUACCCGUUAUUUCGCUCGGGCGUGGUGACUGUGGCGCCGGCCGCACAUUCUGCCGCAAUAUUCGUGCGUCUUCGGGCGCGCUCGGAGAGGACCGCCGACUCUUUGCUGCGUCACAGCGAUGAAUGGCUGGGGUGUCGCAUGAGACGUGCGGGCGAGUUGCCUGGGCAGUGGUCACAUUGUGUGGGCGCGUGUCGCAGUGAGGCGGCGCGAGCGUUGUGUCUGUGCGUGCCGCAUACAUUGCCUCCGCUGCAACGCGAAACGCACAUACACUGCUCGCUCGAAGACCUCAACUGUCUGGCUAAACAUUCAGGCAAAUUUUCAACACUGUAUCCGGGAGACGACGUACACCCAAGUCUAAGCCAGGAGCAGGCUGACUCGGUGGAGUGCGAUCACUGUCGCGUGGACUGUGCGCGCCAGCGGUACUCUGCCGCGACCACUACCAUGCCAUACGCUCUACUGCAGGGGGAUAUCUUCCUUAACCGAAUUUUAAAGGGUGUAGACCUAACGAAUACAUCAAUAGUACAAGUAUUCCAUACGACAGGAGAUCUAGAGUUGUAUAUGUUGGAAACGACAUUUCGCUGGUUCGAAAUAAUAGCACACGUCAACAGUCAGUGGGUGUUCGUGGUGGGAGUUACGGGUGUGAGUGCGCUGGAGUUGCUCUACCACUGCACGCUGCGCUGGCUACACCACUACCGGCGACUGGGGAAGUUAGGGACU